CGAAUUUUUGAUUAUCAUCUUGGUGAAAAAUUACCUUUUCGUAUAACACAGUCAAAUGAUCAAUUAAUUGGAUACGAAGAUUUACUUGAUUUUAUUGCUCAUGCUCAAAAAUUAUCCAAUUCAAAUCCUCUCUCUCAGAAAAACAUUUUUCAUUCAAACAAUGAAAAAAAACCAUCAAUACCAAGUAUUCAUUCUUCGUAUAUUUUACCAUCAACAAUAAAACCUCUCAUGUCUCUUUCAUCUACAUCCAACGAAUUAAAAACAUACCCGGUGAAACCUUCUCCAAUCAAUAAUUCAUUAUCGCUACAGUCAAAUAAACUUUUAAGUUCUAAAAUAGUAACAAAUAGUCAACAUAGCACACAAUCUUCCAACAAUUCAUCUAAUAUUUCUAUACCACCUGAACUUUGUCCAACAUUUUUGCAUACUGCUCGAAUAGAUGGUAGUGGUUGGGUACAAAUAAAUAAUGUUUAUUUACCGUUUAUAGUAAAAAAUCGUCAACGUUUAGUACCUUAUCAAGUUCUUAUAGCAUGUAAGAUUCUUGAAUUAGAUGAAUUACGUUCAAUAUUAAUACGUGCAUCAUCAGCUGAUAUAAUAUUAAUCAAUUCUAUGAUACGAGAAUGUAAAAUAAAUAAUGAACAAAUACCUGAAAAUGCUUUCUUAAUUAAUGUUUAUCAUAUACUUAUUGGUACAAAAAAUUUUAUUUAUGUUAAAAUUUUACCUAAAGCUAAUCCAACAUCAAAAAUAAAUCGUCAAUAUAAAAGUAUUUUAGCUUUACAAGGUGGCGCAUUUUCUAUAACAACACGUAUAAUUCCAUAUAUUUGUACAAGCAAUCAUACUUAUCUUCCAUUAGAUUCUAUAUUAAAUAUUUAUCCAAAUUUAUAUGCACAAUUAAAAGCAUUAGCACGUGUACCACGUACAAAUGAAUUAGAUUAUUUACAACUUGUACAAAUGUAUUAUGAUGGACAAGAAUUACCAUUAGAUACAUUAUUAAUUGAUAUAGAAGAUUUAAAUCAAACACAAAUAAUUCCAUCAAAAAACAUGACAUUAAUUGAACAUCAUGCAAGAGAAAAAAGUAAACUUGAACAACAAAUUAUUUUAUUAAAUAAUUCAUUAACAAAUAAAAGAAAAAAUCAAGAAACACAUGAUAAUAAACAAAUACAACAGAAAUUAAAAACAUCCAAUCAAAUUCAACAAUCAACAACAACAUCUAGUCGUCCACCAACAGGAUAUUAUCCACUUCCAUCAUCUUCUAAUCAACAAAAUUAUUAUCUUUCAUCUAAUAAUGGAUGUCGUGAAAAAACUCGAUGGCAAUAG